AUGACAUCUGCGGUAAAAGGGCGCUCAAUGAUGAGCAUGGAGGGCGACGACGAGAAGGCAAUUCCAGACACACUUGAAUUCGAGCCUGCGCCCGAAGGUGGUACCCGUGCGUGGCUCGUCGCAGCUGGCGGAGGGGCCAUCUUCUUCUGCACCCUGGGCUUCUGUAACUCGUUCGGCACGUUCGAACAGUACUACAUAACUCACCAGAUGCAAGGCGAGUCGGCUUCCAAGAUCUCCUGGAUUGGCUCUCUGGCGGCGUUUCUCCAGUUCUUUUCUGGCAUGGUUGGUGGGCCGCUGUUUGAUCGUUUUGGCAUAAAGAUUAUGCGCCCGGCGGGGGUCGCAUACGUCUUCGCCAUGAUGAUACUGAGCCUGUGCAAGACGUACUGGCAGGCGAUGCUCGUGCAGGGUGUACUGAUGGGCCUUGUCAUGGGCCUUCUGCAGAUCCCGGCAGUGGCCGCCGUGUCACAAUACUUUGACAAGAAUCGCGCCGCUGCACUGGGCCUGGCCGUGUCUGGAUCAUCCAUCGGCGGCAUCAUCAUCCCAAUCGCAUUGUCUAAAAUGCUGAACAGCUCCUCGCUCGGCUUUGGAUGGUCGGUGCGCGUGAUCGGCUUUGUGACACUGCCUUUAAUGGCGUUUGCCUUGGUAGUUAUUGGGCCACGUCUGCCGCCACGGAAGACUCGGUUCUGGAUAUUGUCGGCCUUCAAAGACGCUCGCUUCGACUUGCUUAUCACCGCCAUGUUCUUCAUGUUCAUCGGCAUGUUCACUCCAUUCUUUUAUCUCCCCACAUACGCCACCUCACAGGGCAUGAACCCAACCCUAGCCGGCUACCUGCUCGCGAUCCUCAACGCAGCCUCCACAUUCGGCCGCAUUGUCCCCGGCAUUCUCGCCGACAGAUACGGCCGCAUAAAUACUUUCGCACUGGGGGGUGCCACCUCCGGCAUCAUCAUCUUCUGUAUGAACAGCGUGACGAGCGAUGCUAGUUUGAUUGUGUACUCAAUCUUCUUUGGAUUUUGUUCAGGCGCCAUCAUCUCGGGGGCGUCCGCUGCCAUCUCUCUGUGUCUGCAAGAUGCGCGCAACCUCGGCACCUACAUGGGCAUGGGCAUGGCCCUCGCCGGUCUGGGAGGCCUGAUUGGCCCGCCGUUGAACGGGGCCAUUGUGAAUAGGUACAGCGGAUACUUCGAAGCGUCCAUGUUCAGCGGUGCCAUGUGUCUGUUUGGAGGGCUCGUGGCGCUGUUGGCCAAGGUUUGGACCCAGCAAGGUCUUCUGGGGAAAAACUGA